AUGACCUUUUGCCAAACGUGGUCAUAUCCCGGAACAUUAAAGACGCUUCAAUCAUCGACAAGAACGAAGACGAAGAAAUCAAACCCAGAGAAGGGGAAAUUUAGAGAAAUAAGCAUGGUCGGACAUAACCCAAUAGAGGUGGCGAAGACGGUGUUGGAUGUGGCCGACGUUGCAUGGACCGCCGUGGAAUGUUGCCAGCACCUCCACCACCGCGACCCGCAUGAAAAUCACGAGGGUGAUGGAGAUUCUAGGGAUACGACGUCGUUGUCGGAGGAGGAAGAAUUUGAGGCUCUGCGAGCUGAGAAUCAACGGCUGAGGAACUUACUCGAACAGAACCUCAAGCUCCUUCAGAAUCUUUCCGAAUCUCCUUGUUUAUUACAAGAUUGCCCUUCUGAUGUGCGUAUAUUACGUUUGAAUUUGUUCUAUGAAUCGAAUUUACGUGUUAUUUUUGUUGAAUUGGCAAAUAUGCCGCAAACAAGAUCAAAACCCUAUGGUCUCGCGGGUUUUCAGCUCCAUGACCGUCUCUUGGCUACAGUCGAUUCUACUAGCUUCUUGAAUCAACUUAAAUCCCUCCAUGAGAAAUCGGCUGAUGGAACUGGCUGCGAAUUUCUUUUUAAGGAGGCCUCAGGAGCUGAUAAACAGUCGGCUGAAAUUCUAAUCAAUGUUGAUCUUGAAGAACCAAGUUGGUGGGUGUGGGUUACUGAUGAAAUGGUUCCUAGUAAUGUUGAAGAAUGGAGUGGAAUCGAUAAUGAGAAUUAUGUACUUAUUAGUGAAGAACAUGUGGUGGAUGGGGUGGCCAACUUUAUGGCUAGAUGCAUGCUGUCAAACCCUAAAGCUCAGAGUAUGACACCUGAGGCGCUGCAGAAGAGUAAGUGUGUAGUUUUAUGUUCUGAACAUUAUGAUAUUGCCCUGGAAUGUCAACAUUUUGUCUCUGAUAAAACCUUUCAUGGAAUAACCCUGACCAAAGCAUUGGGUGGCAUGAACAAGUUUGAGAAGAUGUUACAUGUUUGGCAUGCUGGGAAGAUGUUUUGUGCCCUGUCCACUUGGGGACUUGCUCUAGCAGGGUUGUACAAGACUCGUGCUGUAUUGAGACUCGCUGCAAUGGGGGUUCAUACAUCGAGCAAAUUUGUUUUGAAGGCUCUCUAAAAAUGGGGGCUCGUCUUGUUGAGCCAUAUCGAAUAUAUACAAAAUUCUCCAGUGGGGUUCUGAGUGCCUUCUCUUGUUCAGACCAAAACCACUCAAUUGUGCUUCGCUUGAGAUCUGUUCUCUGUUAAUUGUAAAUAUCAUUGUUGUUUUAUGUUUGAAAUAUUCCUUAUAUCCCCUACUUUGUGGGUUAUUACCACCUCUCACUGUAAAAUAUCAUUUGAUUUUAUCCUUGUGCUUGAUGUUAUGCUUGUAUAUAUAGAAGAGCACAAAAGGAGAUGAUUACACUCGAUUCUGG